AUGGCUGCUCAACCUCCCAACAACCCUUACUCAGUACAUAUCAAAGACUUGGUUCCUGUUUGCCUUGACAAUUCCAACUACAUGAAAUGGAGUCACCUUUUUCUUCCUGUUCUUGAUAUCUAUGAGCUUCAGCAUCACAUUGAUGGUUCUAGCACUGCCCCUCCGUCUAUAAUAACUGAUUCAACUGGAAACAAUAUUCCAAUCUCGAAUUCUGCUCACGCAGCAUGGGCUAUUCUGAAAAGUCAUUUUGUUAACAUUACUACUGCACGCGAGAUGCAAAUCAAAUACCAGCUUCAAUCUCUCAAAAAGGGUGAUCUAUCUAUUGAUGCAUAUAUGGGUAAAAUAAAGGAGUUAGCUGAUUCUCUUCAAGCUAUUGAUCGUGUUCUAACUGAUUCCGAGCUUCUGCUUUAUGCCUUGAAUGGGUUGCCACCAUCAUAUGAAUCCUUUCUUCAUGGUGUCCCAGCUUCUUCAUCAUCAACCGCUCUUGUUGCAACCAAUAUACCAAAAGCUAAAGUUUCUUCGGUCAUUCCAUCCUUUUCUCGUGGUAAUGGACGAUCAGGUCGCGGGGGACGUAAUGGUGGUCGUUGGCAGAAUCGUGGUCGAGGUUGUGGUGGUAGGUUCUCUAAUUUUGGUCGAGGAUAUAGUGCACCAGUUAGUAAUUCUACAGGUUCUCCGUCUUUCAUGCCUUGUCCAACAUCUGUUCGUGGAUUACUUGGACCUCCACCCUCUCAAACCUCUGUUAUCCCUUCCUUUGUUCAUCCUAAUCCCACACAAGCCCAGACACAAUGUCAAAUCUGUAAAAAAUUUGGUCACGUGGCGUUGGAUUGUCCUCAUCGUCACAAUUAUUCAUAUACAUCUUCAGAUUUUUCACGACAAUUUGCAGGUUUUUCUCUUCAAUAUUCACCAGACCGGGCUUGCUAUAUGGAUAGUGGUGCUAGCUCCCACAUGACUUAUGAUCAGGGUAAGAUAAAAUCACCCUCUAUGCCUUCUAAUUCUCACUCUAUUUUUCUUGGCGAUGGUAGUACUAUACCUGUCUCUUCUAUCGGUUGUUCAACAAUUGUUUCUCCUAAUCGAACAUUUCAUUUAAACUCUAUUUUACAUGUUCCUUCCUUGCAUAAGAAUCUUCUAUCUAUUAAAAAGUUUACAAAAGAUAAUGACUGUUUUAUUGAGUUUCACUCUUGGGGUUUCUUUGUGAAGGAUUUGAAGACUGAGAGACUACUUCUCACAUGCCCCAGUGAUAGUCCUAUUUAUCCCCUGGUGAUUUCUUCAUCAAAGUUCAGUCCAUCCCCUUCCAGAUUCGCAUCCUCGUCCGUCCUCUUCGCAUCUCGUGAAUCAAUUGACACUUGGCAUGCCCGACUAGGUCAUCCUGGAAUUGCUGUUCUAAAUUUCUUGCUUUCUAGUAAAUUUAUUUCCUUUAGUAGAAAUAAUGAAAGGCAAUUUUAUUGUCCCUCUUGCGUAGCUUCAAAACAUGCUAGUUUGCCAUUUCCUGCAUUGUGCCCUCAUACAUCCCAACAAAAUGGCGUGUCUGAACGAAAACAUAGACACAUUAGUGAAAUGGGACGCACAAUGCUUUUUCAUGCUACAGCUCCUCAUAGUCUUUGGGUUGAGGCGUUUUCUACUGCUGUCUUUCUCAUUAAUCGAUUACCAUCUCCUGCGUUACAUAAUAAGUCACCAUAUGAGUUGGUUUUUCAUACCCCUCCUAACUACUCCUUUUUUCGUCCUUUUGGUUGUUUGUGUUUUCCUAAUCUUCAGGCUUAUCGCUGUCGUAAAUUAGCUUCUCUAUCUGCUGCGUGUGUUUUCCUUGGUUAUAGUCCUAAUCACAAAGGUUACAGGUGCAUGCAUUUAACUACAAAGAGAGUUUAUAUUAGUCGUAGAGUUAGAUUUAUAGAGCAUGUAUUUCCAUUAGGUUGUGGCUCGAAAGAUAUUCCUUUAGUCACCCCUUCUUCUUCCCAUAUUUUUCCUGCCCCAAUUAUGGAUAUAGAUAAUCAUACUUCCUCCUUUUCAACUUCUCCAACUACUUCCUCUAUGCCUCAAUCUUCCACUGAUACAACUAAUCCAAGUUUAACAACUAUAGAUUCUCUGCCAUCUAAUUCAUCUACCUCAUCUCUACCUUCCUCUUCUCAUUCCAUGAUUACGAGAAGUAUGGUAGGUACUCACAAACCAAAUCCCAAAUAUGCUCUUCUUACAUCUCACCUUGAGUCUCUUCCCAUUGAACCCACUUGUUUUUCCUCUGCAAUUAAAGAUCAUAAAUGGCGUGAUGCAAUUGUAGAGGAAUUCAAUGCCCUUCUUAAAAAUCAAACAUGGACUCUUGUACCCUAUCAUCUACAUAUGAACGUAAUUGGAAAUAAAUGGGUUUAUCGAGUCAAACAAAAGGCCAAUGGGUCUCUUGAACGUUAUAAGGCUCGUUUGGUCGCAAAGGGUUAUAAUCAACAAAAAAGCAUUGACUUUAGUGAAACUUUUAGUCCAGUUGUUCGUCCCUCUACUAUCCAUUUAGUGAUUUCCUUAGCAUUAUCUCGCGGCUGGGAUCUUAGGCAGUUAGAUGUUAAAAAUGCAUUUUUACAUGGUUUUCUCAAUGAAGAGGUUUAUAUGUCUCAACCUCAAGAUGAUAUUAUUGUUACAGGCUCUAAUAUAACUCUUCUUAAUCGCUUUAUUCAUAUCUUAAAGUCUCAAUUUUCUAUGAAUGAUCUGGGGCCUCUUCAUUACUUUUUGGGUAUCCAUGUUACAAAAACAUCAAAUGGACUUCAUUUAUCUCAAAGAAAAUAUGCUCGUGACCUCCUUUCUCGAGCAUCCUUACUUGGUUGCAAGCCUGUCCACUCCCCUACAUCUGGUUCUCGACCAUCUGCCUCUGAGGGGGAUUUACUUUCUGAUCCUUCGGAAUAUCGUAGUUUUGUGGGUGCUUUGCAGUAUUUAACUAUAACUAGGCCUGAUAUUUCUUUUGCUGUAAAUACUGUCUCUCAAUUCAUGAGUACUCCUCGUACCAUUCACCUUAUUGUCGUUAAACGAAUCCUUCGUUAUCUAGCUGGCACAAUAUCUCUUGGCCUUUACCUGAAGUCUACUACUGGUUUUGCUAUUUUCCUUGGACCAAAUCUAAUUUCUUGGAGUUGUAAGAAGCAGCCUACUGUUUCUCGCUCUAGCACUAAAGCUGAAUAUCGAGCCUUAGCUCACACGGUAGCUGAAUUAUCAUGGCUCCAACAUCUGCUUCGUGACUUGGAUAUACCUCUCUCUGAUCCUCCUUUGGUGCUAUGUGACAAUGUUAGUGCUUUGUAUCUAUACACCAAUCCCAUUUAUCAUGCUCGUACUAAGCAUUUGGAGAUUGAUUUCUAUUUUAUUCGAGAGCUUGUUGCUGCUGGUUCUAUAUUGGUUCGCUACAUCUCUAUUGACAUGCAGCUUGCAGAUAUUCUCACUAAAGGUUUAUCUUCUCACCGCCUCUCAGUUCUUCGUGACAAGCUUCACAUUUCUCCUAAUCCAUGUUCAGCUUGA